CUGUCAGGUGAAGAACCACAGGAGCCCAAAGUGGAACAACUGAUGAGUAAACUCAGGCGGCUCCAACAAGGUAAACGAAUUCUGGAAGAAGAACUCAAGGAGCUGAAAUCAGUCUGUGACUCAUCGCAGGAAGAACUGGCUACUUUGCAAACUGAAGCUUACCAACUGAAGGGAAUCCAUAAAGAAAAAGAAGAGUUGUGCAGGAAGCUGCAGUUCCAGUGUGAGGAGUCGGAGCAGGACUCUGCCAGACAGUUAAAUCAGAACAAGAAAAGUGAGGAACUGCUGGAACAGUACAGAUGUGAAAUCCAGGAAUUCAAACUUAAACUCCGGAAGCAGCGGAUGAAGUUUGAGAAGCAACUUCAUCAGCUGAUAGAGCAGCAUAAGAAUCUGCAUUCUAUCUUUUCUCCAGAAAGGCUCCCAGAUGAAAUACAGAGUAUCGAGAGCACAAAAAGUCAACUGAUAUCAGCUGGUAAGUACCAACUCAAUAUCCAUGCACUCUUCUGUAAGUGAACAUGCAAUCAAACAUUUCCUUCUGAACAUGCAUCUAGUAUUAACUGUGUCCAGUCUGUUUGAUGAUGUCUUGUUCUGUGAUUCUCAUAGAGCAGCUGAAGUUGGCUCAGCUGUUCCACCUCGAGGAGGAGCUUGAGGAUGUGAGGAAACAGAAGCAGUUAGGAGCAACAGCUGCAGAGGCUGUGGAGCAGUAAGAAUACAUGUGCACUGGUGCAUUUAGUGAAUCAGAGGGAAUGGUGACUUGUUGUAUACCUACUGAAAGCUGUAGGAUUCAUACCACUGACCUCCAAUUAACAUGUUUACCUACUUAACUCUAUUUAUUCCUGUGACGUUAGCAUAGUAGUUACUUCUUUUAUGUUAACAGUUCUGUAAAGCAUGUGCUUGUUUUUAGAUCCAGUUUGUUGUUGGAAUAUAUUAGAAUUUCAUGUGUUAAUGGAUUUUAUUACAGGAAAUAUUACAUUCUGUGACCAGUCAGAAGUUCUUCCAGAUAGAUAUAUGCCAGUUGUUGUAUCCUGGUAUUGAUAUAAUACACAGGUAUGCAUAUAUAUAAAAAGAAACAAUUUUUAAGUGUUGAGGAUUUUUUUUUUUUUUAAAUCGCCUUAUGUAAUGUAUCUUAUAAACAACAGUGAAGCCAUUCAAUACAACACACUUGCCUACUGUGCGCAUGUGUACAAAGCCACAUUCAAUUUCAGUUUAGACAGAUUAAAAAAGAUUUAAUAAAACACUUUUUGC